AUGCCAGUCAACGUGCCCAUCGAUGACCCCAAUGCCGAUACCGAAUGGAAUGACAUCCUCCGCAAGCACAAGAUUAUCCCCGAGAAGCCACCAUCACCAACACCCAUGAUCGAGGAAGCCUUGACCGAAGCCCGAAGACUCGCCCAUGAGAACCGGUUAGAAGGCAAGGAGCUCGACGAACUAGCUGAAUUGGAAGAUGAGGAAGACGAGGACUUUCUCGAGUUCUACCGCCAGAAGCGAAUGAAUGAGCUCGCCGCUAUCCAAUCAGCUUCAGUCUACAAUCAGGUUUAUCCCGUACAAAAGCUUGAUUGGUCGCGCGAUGUGACUGAGGAAUCAAAGAAAGCCUUUGUCUUCGUACUCCUCACUUCCUCGUCUGGCACAAACGUCGAAUCCCGCCUGUUGAUCGAGAUCUGGCGCGAGUUGGCUACAAAGUUCGGCGAUAUCAAGUUCUGUCAGAUCCAGGCAAAUCUCUGUAUCGAGGGUUAUCCGGACAAGAACACCCCGACUGUCUUGGUAUACAAGGAUGGCGACAUCAAGCGCCAACUCGUCACUUUGCGUGAUCUGAAGGGCGAUCGUACUACUAUCCGCGACCUGGAGGAUCUCCUUCGAUCUUUGGGCGCCGUUGAUCCGAAUGACUCUAGACUGCAACCUCGUCAAAAUGAUGAAUCAGUACAAACAAGUCUUCGCAGCACUGGCCAAGGCGCUGGCCUGGGCAAUGAUGACAGCGAUAGCGAUUGGGAUUAA